GCCCCCUGGCAGCUCCUCCGCGCCUCCGCGUGGAAGACGGUUCGGAAGGGGGUCUGGGCCUUAGAGGAGGGCAUUCUAGUGCUGGAGGCCCGGGUCUUGGUGAAGGCCAUGCGUGGGCUCGCUCGAACCAGGCGCGGCGCCUGCAUCAGACAGCUGUUCCUGUACGAUGACAUGGCCGUCGUUCUCGCCUUCGCCCGCUCGAGAAGUCACGAUUUUAAGUUGUUAGUCCAGAUGCGUCGCUUCAAUGCGUGCGCCCUGGCCCUCGGUGUCGCCCCGUUUUUUAGGCCGGACGCGGGACCUGCCGCGUUGUCGAAGGCGCUGCCUGCCGCAGAGGCGAGGACGAGGGCGCUUGGGAAGCUGGGCCCGCCCCUGCCGAAAGUGAGGGGUGGUCGGGCCCUCCUGGAGGCCGGCUCGGCGUGGCCGCCGCCGCCUGCCCCGCUGACGCUCGUCGACCCCGCGCCCGAGGGCUCCGCUGGCGACGACGCGGCGGACGGCGUGGGCGGGCUCGGCACGAGCGGCUCCGACAGCGCCGGGGGCCAUGCGGGUGCGGCCCAGCGGAGGCCCCGCGUCCUCCAGGCCUCCCGGCGCCGAUGUCGGGCGGCGCUCUGCGUGGGCCUGAUCGUGCAGAGCAGCCCGGAGGAGGGGGCGUUGCUGGAGCGCCUGGCUGUGAUGCACCGCAUGACGGGCCGCUACGUCAAAAUCCUCGCUCGUUUUUGCUCGCGUGCAGGCCUGACCGACGAGAAGCUGGCACAUGCCAAGGACGAGCAGGUGGGUUGCCUCCUCUACGACUACUUCACCGCAAUGUACCUUGCGGGCGAGCAGAGCAGCCUCGGGUGCCAGACCAUGGCCGCGCCGCCGGACAGGCAACCGGUUUUCGACCGUCGGUGGGUUCAGUCCUGGCCGCGCGCCUGGCGGGCUCUGAGGUGCUGGAGGCGGCGGGCGUCAGCGCGCGCCCUCCGGGCCUUGCCCCUGGCGGUCAGGGCGGUCAGGAUGUGGCGCCUGGUGGACAAGGGGCUGACGCUCACGGCUCUGUUCCUGGCGGUCGACCUCUCGGCUUAUUCGAGGCCCUUUUCUUUCCUAGCCGCUCGGAAAUGCGACCUGGUUCCUCGGUCUCGCGCAACUGUGGACAGCUGGAGCCUCCUCGCACACCAGAGGGAGGGGGGCAGUCGAGGCCACGCGGAUCGCUGCGACGACGACUGCCAGCUGGGCUUGGGCUACACGCGGGGCCGGUUCCCCCUCUGCGCCCAUCGGCGAGCUGCCGGAGGGGCAAAUAAGCCUUGGCCGCUCGACUACCUAGAGCCUUCGGAGGCCGCGUUGCUGGCCGCCGCCGUCGGGUGCCACCCGCCAGACCGGAGGUGGCUGUGCGAGUCCUGCGAGGUGCGCCUCAUGCCGAUCAUGCUAG